CAUAGAAAGCUCCUAAAGAACCCAUUCCAGAGGAACAGGAAUUGGAUGUUAAGCAGAUGGAGGAUGGCGAAGAGAGAUCAAAUUCAGAGGACAGUGAGAAGGAGGAAGCUAAGGAGCCUGAUAAGAGAACCAAGGAGGAGGCUGGUGAAGAAGCAAAUAAAACUGAUGAGACCAAGGAUGUUUCCUGUACAAAUUCGUUGCCAUCUCCUUUGGAGUCUCAGAUAGCAAUAGUUGCCAGCCCUCCCGAAAGGAAAGAAAAGAUGCAAGAAAAACCUGACGAAACUGAAGAUGCACAACAAAGACCUGCCAAGGAAGUGAUGGAUACCUCAGCCCCAUAUCAAAAAACUUUAAUUCAAUCUGUUAAUAGCACUACUACUACAGCUGCUACAACUACAACUACAGUAUCUUCUUCACCUACGAUCACAACAGUUGCAAACCGGAACAUACCUCAGGAUAACGAUGACGAUGAAGGGCUAAAACAUCUUGAGCAGCUUCCUUCCUCUUCAACAUGGGGCCAGCAGUCAUCUUCAGUUUCAUCGCAAACCCAGAAUACACUACCACUAGCUGAAAUACAGAAAUUGGAAGAGGAAAGAGAGCGGCAGCUACGAGAAGAGCAACGGCGGCAGCAGCAGGAAUUGAUGAAAGUUUUGCAACAACAAAACCAGCAGCAGAAACUGACAGGAUGGGGGAAUAUUCCCAAAACUUCAGUCACUACCAAAUCACUUUUGGAGAUACAGCAAGAGGAGUUCAGGCAAAUGCAAAAACAGCAGGAGAACAAAGCACAGACAAGAGCGUCAGCAGCAGUGAAGCUAAAUCUCUCUGCUGGUCAUGAGGAGUCAUCGUUUAAAAACACCAUAACGAUGAAAAGAGAGGAACCAUCAACCAAGCGAAUAGGAUCAGAGCGGAACCACCAUUCCAGUUUACCAGUUAGCACUACUUCAGUAUGGGGUUCAGUAAACACCAGUCCCACCAACCAGUGGGGAACAGACGUUAGCAGUGUUUGGGGUGCUCCAGACCACAAGAACACAAACGUGGGCUUCUGGGAUGAGGCUGUGAAAGAAGUGGGUCCUCCAGCAAGAAACCAGCUCUCCAAAAGUAAUAAGAACAAUUCCAACCCUGGAAAGUCACAUGGAGUUCAGAACAAAGCAAAUAAAAAGGCCGAAGAAGAGGAAAAGCUAAUGAAGUUGUUUCAGGGAUCACAAUCCUGA